CAGGGCCGUCUCUGUGGGGCGGGGCCGCUCCAGCCCCUCCGGGAGCGGACGUGACGCGCGUCUGGGCCGCUGCGGGGCCGCCCCGCAGCCAUGGAGGCGCGGGAGCCGCUGAGGGACGUACGCGGGGCGCUGCGGGCGGUGCUGGCGCGGCUGCGAGAGGGAGAGCCGAGCGAGGGCCGAGAGCCGUUCGAGCUGCCGCGCUUCUGGGACGCUCUAGGUCAGACAUUCCAAGUAGCAUCACAGGAAGCUACAAAGCUGAGUCUGGCAUUCUCAAGGCCUCCACUACCUUCUGCAGAGAACUGCCGGAAGCUGAGUGAGGAUGUCCAAAAUGCCAUUCUUGCAGUUGCCACAGUGUACUACUGGCUACCCAAGGGCCAAGGUACUACUCUUCGGAAGAUGGUUCGAGACGCUACCACUGAAGUAGUGGAAGGGAUGAUCCAGCUCACAGACACAAUUCUCAAUGCCCCAGUGGAGAGCUUGUCUCAGGAACAGCUGAUAUCAACUGGAGGUGUGUGGGAGGCCUGUGAGCAAGUGUCUAACCUGCCACGAGAUAACCAGGCAGCAGUUGUGUCGGCUCUGGCUGCAUCUCUAGGUGUGGUCAAGGAUGCUGUGGAGGAGAUGGAACAGGCACUGGUGGAAGGGCAGGAUCCCUAUGGGGACAUCAUGGAAGAUGAAGAGCUGGGCUUUCGGGGCAACAGGGACACAUAUUGGUCAGAGGCUGACAGGCAGCUGCUCAGCUCCUGCAUGGGACUGAUGAAGGCUUCUAAAGCUUGCCUGAAGAAGGUCUUGGCUGCAGCGAAGGCCAAUGGCAAAGCUGAUUCUCCAGAGCACAUUGCACAGCUGGAUGACCUGGCAGACAUUGCUAAUGAGAUCAGCCCAAGUGUGGAUGAGCUGGCACUGAGCAUGUACCCACCUGUGAACCCGUUGGCUGUGCGACUUAACGCUGCUAAAUUGGCCUCAGUAUUAACGAAAGUCUUAGAGAUUGCAAAGACAAGCCAUGUAUGUCCACCAUCAGAGGAAGGCUGGGUGCAGUUUCUAACUGGUGCAGUAGAUCACAACAUGAACAAAGUCAAGAACUUCACACAGGGUCAGCUUUAACUCUUCUGUGCUGCUGCCGCUGGCUCUGGCAUCUGCAUUUCCAGUGAACUUUGCUGUUCUUUGGCUGUUUGGAAAAUGAUGAGAACAAUGUAGGAGGGAACUUCACUGCUGCUUGGAAGAACUUCUCCAGAAGUUGCCCUUUGCCAUGGCAAAGGUGUCAUUUUGCUUGGAUUCUUGGGAUGAUGCAGUGCUGCUUCUGAACGUGCCCCAUUCUUUGGACAUUACAACUACUGUGGGGUUCAGAGAAAAAUAAAAUAUUGCUAGAUUUA